AUGCAGAAGGCUGGAGGUCAUAGCCGCCUCUGUGAUCUUACUAGCACCAUGCACCAUCGCUUCAGCCGGCCGCAGGAACAAGUGUUUGUCAACCGCCAGGACAUCAUAAACAAAAAGGAUGCCUGGGACAAGCAAGAGUUCAUUCGCACGUCCAUCCAAUACAUGCUGCAGCACCCCGCCUUUCAGCUGCUGCUGGCCUUGCUGCUGGUGACCAACGCCAUCACCAUCGCUCUCCGCACCAACUCCUUCCUUGACCAGAAACACUACGAAUUGUUCUCAAUCAUAGACAACAUUGUGCUGACCACCCUCGUCUGUGAAGUUCUCCUUCGCUGGCUCAGUGGCUUCUGGAUUUUCUGGAAGGACGGAUGGAACAUCCUCAACUUCUUCAUUGUCUGCAUGCUGAUAUUGGGUGUCUUGGACGUGGUCAGUGACUCCAUCACCUACUGUCUCAGGGUGCUGCGGCUGGUCCACGUGUGCAUGGCGGUGGAGCCCCUGGCCCGAAUCAUCCGCGUCAUCCUGCAGGCAGGCCCUGGCAUGGCUCAGAUCUGGGUCCUCAUCCUCUUUGUCAUGCUGGUGUUUGCACUGCUCGGGGUCACACUCUUCGGUGAGUUUGUGCCUCUCCAUUUCGGGAACCUGGGGGUGGCCUUGUACACACUCUUCGUCUGCCUCACACAGGACGGAUGGGUAGACAUCUACAGCAACUUCCGGAUAAAAGAGAGGGACUAUGCACUGGAGAUUGGGGGAGCCAUCUACUUUGCUAUCUUCAUUAUCAUCGGUGGCAUCAUCGGCAUGAACCUGCUUGUUACUGUGGUGAUCAGGAAUCUGGAACUAAUAAUGACAGAGGAGGUGGAGCAACAACAGCAUCAAAGAACCAAUAACGAGACAGGUGCAGAGAAGGAAGACUGGAGUCAGGAGCUGCCACUCCUGCACUGUGCACUUGCCCGCAUGGAGAAAGCUGGUCUCCACCAGGAACCUCUUGUGGGGAGCCCCAUGCCGAACCUCUCAGAAAACAUGCUGGACAAUUUCUGUUUGGUGCUUGAAGCAAUAGAGGAGAACUUGACCCAGUACAAGAAGAUCAGGGAGGAGCUUGACAACAUUGUGCAGAAGAUACGCACCAUCCCCUUCAAUCAGGAGCAGGUAGAAGAGCUGAUGCGUAGGCCCUUGUCGAUGACCCUGAUAGAGAGCAGCUCUUCCGUAGACCUACAGAGUAUAGCUAAAAAGCAAGAUUUGUUCAGUGCGCUGGUUAGCAGAGCAAAGGUUUAUGAGUCUGUUACAAACAUGACAAUGAGCAAACACAAGAUCAGCCUCUGAGAAGGCAGGA